CGGGGCUCCCCGCGACACCGCCCCCGGCAGGGGCGCAUGGCCGCGGUGCUGCGCAGCGCCCGCUGCUUCCUCCCGAGGCUGCAGCCGCCGGUGUCGGGCCGGGCCCGGCGCGGCUCCGCGGGAGCGGCCAUGGAGCAGCCCCCGCGCGGCCCCGAGCGCGGCGGGGGCUGGUUGGGCGCGCUGCGCUUCGACAACCUGGCACUGCGCUCGCUGCCCGUGGACGCCUCGGAGGAGGGCGGCCCGCGGGCCGUGACCGGCGCCUGCUUCGCGCGGGUGCGGCCCAGCCCGCUGCAGAACCCGCGACUCGUGGCCAUGUCGCUGCCGGCGCUGGCGCUGCUGGGGCUGGAGGCUCCCGCGGCCGACCCGGAGGCGGCGGAGGCCGAGGCCGCGCUGUACUUCAGCGGGAACCGGGUGCCGGCGGGCGCGGAGCCCGCGGCGCACUGUUACUGCGGGCACCAGUUCGGCAGCUUCGCGGGGCAGCUCGGCGACGGCGCCGCCAUGUACCUGGGCGAGGUGCUGGGCCCGCGGGGCGAGCGCUGGGAGAUCCAGCUCAAGGGCGCCGGCAUCACCCCCUUUUCUCGACAAGCUGAUGGUCGGAAAGUCCUGCGGUCGAGCAUACGGGAGUUCCUGUGCAGUGAGGCGAUGUUUCACCUGGGAAUACCAACAACAAGGGCUGGGACAUGUGUGACGUCUGACUCAAAAGUCGUCCGUGACAUAUUUUAUGAUGGGAAUCCAAAAAAUGAGAGGUGUACAGUUGUUCUGAGAAUAGCCUCCACAUUUUUAAGAUUUGGUUCGUUUGAAAUUUUUAAACCUCCUGAUGAAUACACUGGACGCAAGGGUCCCAGCGUUAACCGAAAUGAUAUUCGAAUACAGAUGCUUGAUUAUGUGAUCCGCACUUUCUACCCAGAAAUCCAGGAGGCUUAUUCAGAUAACAGUAUUCAGAGGAAUGCUGCUUUCUUUAAAGAGAUAACCAAACGAACCGCGAGGUUGGUGGCCGAGUGGCAGUGUGUUGGGUUUUGCCAUGGUGUGCUGAACACAGAUAACAUGAGCAUCGUUGGACUGACCAUUGACUACGGCCCUUUCGGAUUCAUGGACAGGUAUGACCCUGAGCACAUUUGCAAUGGUUCUGAUAAUACAGGGCGCUAUGCUUACAACAAACAGCCAGAGAUUUGCAAGUGGAACCUGGGGAAACUUGCUGAAGCUCUAGUUCCAGAACUGCCUUUGGAAAUAAGUGAACUCAUCCUGGAAGAGGAAUAUGAUGCAGAAUUUGAGAAACAUUAUUUGCAGAAGAUGAGGAAAAAACUAGGCCUAAUCCAGCUGGAAUUAGAAGAAGAUAGUAAGCUAGUAUCUGAACUCCUUGAAACCAUGCAUCUCACAGGUGGAGACUUCACAAAUAUUUUCUACUUGCUGAGUUCAUUCUCAGUGGACACUGAUCCUUCAAAAUUUGAAGAUUUCUUAGAAGAGCUUACAAGUCAGUGUGCUUCUGUGGAAGAACUGAAAGUUGCUUUCAAACCACAGAUGGAUCCAAGACAGCUGUCGAUGAUGCUGAUGUUGGCUCAGUCUAAUCCGCAGCUCUUUGCAUUAAUUGGAACAAAAGCUAAUAUAAAUAAAGAAUUAGAACGCAUUGAACAAUUCUCUAAACUGCAGCAGUUAACAGCUGCUGAUUUACUCAGCAGAAAUAAAAGACACUGGAAGGAAUGGCUGGAGAAAUACAGAGUCCGUUUGCAAAAAGAAAUAGAAAGUGUUGGUGAUGCUGGUACCUGGAACACUGAUCAUGUGAAGGUCAUGAAUUCAAACAAUCCAAAAUAUAUCUUGAGAAAUUAUAUUGCCCAGAAUGCCAUAGAAGCAGCUGAAAAUGGGGAUUUCUCAGAGGUAAGAAAUGUACUGAAACUUUUAGAGUGUCCAUUCCAAGAAGCAGAAGGUUUCAGGGAGGUAAAGGAAGGUGCAGAAGAGGAGGGAGCAACUGCCACAGCAGCUGCUUGUGCUGAAGAGACCAGAAGCAGACUACCAUAUUGCAGCAAACCUCCACUUUGGGCUUCAGAGCUAUGUGUUACAUGAUCUUCAUAACUGCCUUGUUUUGUUUUUUGCUGUAAACUGAAGACUCUGAUCCUCCUUCAGCAGUGAAGAAUUCAGCAAGGCACAUAUUGAAGUGCUAUUAAGUUAUUGAAGCAACCCUACAUUUGGAUGCAUCUGCAGCACUCUUCAUCUGUGCCUAAUUUGAAGCAAUUGUUGAUCAGUGGAACAAACCAGUGGCAAUUAACAGUUCCUAUACAUCAGUAAUCUCAGUGUUUUGAGACUGAAAGUAUUUCCUUUAUCCAUACUACAUCACAAGUGUAAAGCAAUAUUUUAUGCUGAAUUUUGAACAUCCAAAUGCAGUUGUUGUUACGUGAAGACAAAAAUAGCAAGACAGGAAUCUGAUCUGUUUUUGUCCGAUGUCUUAACUAAUAGUACUUCUGCUAUUUAUUUACUGCUUUCUCUAUGCAGGGACUUUUAGUCCUCUUUAAUGGAGGAACAAAUUCAGUGUUGCUUGUUUGAAGCUAUGUUUCAUUUAAUUAAGUAGUUCAUUUCUUGUGAACCUUCAGAUUGGUAUUUAAUCAUUAUCUAUUUUCAGAGAGUUUGUGCAGGGCAGGCUCGAGUUUGGGGGGAGGAAUCGAAUUUUUUUUAAGAGCAGAAUUAAGGGAGUUUAUAUACAUUUGCACUUGAAAACUUGGUGGUGAAGUUUAUUCAGGCACAGGAUGUUGCAUACAACAUGUGUAAAUAUUUGCUAAACUCAUGAGUGCAGUUUGUAAGCCAAUUGCUUUGGGCAGGAUCCAUUAGCCAAAUUAGUGAACCUUAAACUACCCCAGCACUCAAAUCCAGGUUCACUGUGUAUUUUUUCUGUGCUUCCAAGUCUUGCUGUAUGAGAAGCGUGUACGUGGGGUGCCUGGUCAUCACACUGGUCAGUGGGGUUGUUCCAUUCCCCGUCUAGUCUUGCACCAUUCAGUUUACUUACAUGGUCUUUAAAAAAUCUUUAAGUUUGAAGUUGCCAUUCAGAAAUGUGCUAUUUGAGCUUGUCUGAAAGAUGAUGGAGGAUGUGGGAGGAGAACAGGAGCUGACUUGCUUGCAAGUUACUUAUUGGUAACGUUUCUGUUGAGGUUUCAGGGGAAAGUUGGUUACCAUUAUUGUCACAUUAGCAAAAGAGAGUUCUGUAAUUAGUUGUUACUUAGCUUUCUGAACUUCUUUCUAAAAGACUGUGUUACUGGUUCAGAUACCUGCAAAGUUUGCUUUAAUGCAAAGGCUUCUCUUUUCCAAAGAGACCACUGUCUUACACUGUGAUUUAUGUGUACUCAAGUACACGUCCCCUGUGCAAGCUUGGUAUUAGCUCAGGUAGAAUUGUGCUCUUUUAAGUCUUCCUCAAUACGAGCUGU